AUGAGCCAUCUCAGCACUCUAGCCGCAGAGCAUUCUCCCAAUCAAAAUCAAGAUGAAGCAUCCUUAUCAGCUUCUCUUAGUCCCCAGCUUCCAUCCGAGAUCUGGACCAAGGUCAUCUCCUUCGUCAAGAGACCCAAACCUGCAGCUUCGGAAUCUUCAAGUAGAGUGAGGCGGACCUUCGAAGUCAGACAGUAUGGUCAAGGUGAUCUGGCGGUUUGCAUGCGUGUAUGCAAAAAGUUCCACCACCUCACCGCUCCAAUCCUCUAUGAAGAGGUGAUCGUCGAUGAUCUUUUACAAUUCUUCUACGGCGUCAACGAAAGAGAUGACUCGGAUAUCACAAACGCUCUCACUAAAUCCGCUGAAACAUUAUCCAAGAUCGAGAUUCUCAAGUAUACCAAGGCAUUUCAUGUCGUCCACGGCCAACACAGAGCGGCGAGAUACUAUGGACCUGUUCCUCCGGCUCCUGUCAAUCUUCCACUUCCUAUGAUUAGCGAUUGCAACUCCACUCAAGUCAUUCUGGCGAAGGUGCACAUACCUUGGUGUAACAAUCCCAACACGCCAAUGCUCUUUCCCAGUCUGGAAGCUGUAACUACCGGAGGUUAUGGAUCGAGACCUCUGGCAUACCUUCCGCCUACUUUAGGCGGCGUACCAUCAUCUAUUCGCCCAAAGUGCAAACCAAGACUCGAAGUCUAUACAGUUCAUAUCACCCAGAGAAUGGUAGAGAGUAAUAGCGAUAUCAGACUCAUGAGAGGUCGACAAAAUCGAUGGGUCGUCAGUCAAGAAUACGCGUCCAGAAACGCUGCUACAAAUUACGAGAUGGUCAUUUGGCUGAGUGACCAGAUCGAGAAGACCACUCAUCGCCUGUCGACUAGAAAAAAGUGGGCAAAGCAUACCUCAAUCGAAAUUUACAAUGUCCUCAACCAACAUACCGCCAAAGCAUUCGUCAAAUACCACCACGGUAUCCAAGACUCCAGCUACGACUUCCCGAGGGGUUUAGAGGUAUUUCUGAAUGGACAUUCUGAUAUUGGAUCCAUCAAGCUGAUGAAGGAACCAGCUGAAGUAUGUCCGGCAUGUGGAGCUUAG